UCUCGAUCGUACGAGCGGUAAUCGACGUCGGCUGGCCGCGGCGGCAUCCGAAUCUAUUGUGAAUAGAUCAUCGGUUGUCUUUCGAUGAAUUGCCAGGGCGACCGAGAUGCUCGCUUGUCAGCACAGCGUCAUUCUGUCUUGAAGUGUGAAUUUCUGCUUGAAGUAGAGCUUACGCGAGCGAAUAGCCACGGCGCUGAGACGUGGUCUAACCAUCGGUCCCGAGGUACCCGAAAUCGCUUCAACCGUGGAUCACGCAGGUGAGACCGGCCAGGCGGCGGUCACGAAGCACCGGAAGUCUCGGCGCAAGAAAUCGAAGAACACUGCCGCCGCGACCGCCGCCGUCGCCGCCGCCGGCGACUCCAAAGCGAAAGAAAUGGCGAAUACCUGUGCGGAAUUCCGAAAGGAGAUGCAUAAGUCCUUCAUCAUGCCGGUGCAGACAACACCGUCGUAUUCCGUAACAACGAUACAGAAUCAUCAGACAAGCUCGACCACGGCCAUGCGACCUCGAUCUCUUUAUACCGCGCACAAUUAUCAUCCUCAGCCCGAGGAUUUUAAUUUUCAACGAUACAGCGAACUAUCCAAGUACUUCGAACCCCCAGCCGAACAGUGGAACGGUUUGGGUGCAGGGACAACCGCAUAUUCGGGAUCGGCGGCGAUCUGGCGACAGGCUAGGAAGUCGAUCGGCGGGCCUUAUUAUACAACCGAAGAAGCUUCCAUCUAUGCGGAAAACUGGCGAGAACACGACACUGAUGUCGGCGUCGGCGGUGCUGUUGCCACACCUCAUGGUACCAUAUCGUUGAGAUUGCACAAUAGAAUACGUGUGGACAUGACCAUUGACCGUGCCGUCAGAGUCAUCAACUUCAAAAACAAUAUCGUCCUGUCGCUGAGCGGUUCCGGCGCAGCUGCCGCGUUGUUGCAUCCCAACGGUAGGAUAUAUCAGUAUGGUUCCCGAGUGGAGAUCGUCGCCCAUGAUACGCACGGCAAUAAUAAAUAUGCAAAGAUGUGGUACAAAGGUGUCAGUUUCACGUCGGAGCAAUGUGCGCUUGUCUAUUUAGUGGACACGGCUGGGACCAGGACCACGACAGAUUCUUUCUCGGACAUGAGUCAGGAUUUUUCGUUGAGUGUCUUCUAUUCGGGCUCUCGUCAUGGGCCAGCAUGCCUGCAGGAAGCUGCAGCACAUCUUAGUACAGCUCAAUACUGGCAAACAGAUGAAGGUGUUGAAAAUUGGAUUAUUAACAACGUCCGAGUAUCGCAGACUCCCGAUGGCCUUGUUAGGAUUGCACGAAAUAGCAAUAAAUAUCAACUACGUACAUCACCUAGCAAUGGUACAGCCUCAUUGACAACGCCUUUCCUGCACUGUACUGCAUCCUUGGGACAAACGUCCCAUCUGUUUGUACGUCGUGGCGAGCGUCGCAUGCAUUACGACGGUACCAGCUUUAUUGUGAGAAAUGCGGGUCACAGUGCCGGCUUCGAUGACAACAACCAGUUGAAGGUCUACUAGGACAAAAGCUCUGCGAAAUGUCUUCUCGCUUCAAAUUCAUUUACGAACGAGCAUCGACAAAUGUGACCGGCUUCAAUUGUCAAACGGGUCCGAGUACGACCUGAUGCGCUGUGACAAUCCAAUUUCGAAUGUUCGACGAAAGUUUUAAAUCUCUCACUUUCGUCGAGGUCUUAAACGAGAUUAAACUAGACCAUAAUAACAUCGAACACUUUAAUUAUGUCCACGCCUCUCUACGUUUACAGAUUUACUCAUAUCUCAUUUUACUAGAGUUUAGUAAUUUAAUUGAAUUGUCUAUCUGACACGCUGAAUCCAGUUCAAAAUGUUCAAUAAAUAAUUCAAUCGAGCAUUUUUUAUUAUGCAAAA